AUGGCCUCCACCGCGCUCUCCACCGCCUCCAACCCCACCCAGCUCUGCCGGACCCGCGCGAGCGCGCUGUGCAAGCCCGUCAAGGGCCUGGGCUUCGGCCGGGAGCGCGUCCCGAGGAACAUCACCUGCAUGGCCGGCAGCAUCUCCGCGGACCGCGUGCCGGACAUGAGCAAGAGGGAGCUGAUGAACCUGCUCCUGCUGGGCGCCAUCUCGCUCCCCACCUUCGGCAUGCUCGUCCCCUACGGCUCCUUCCUCGUCCCGGCCGGCUCCGGGAGCAACGCCGGAGGCGUCGCCGCCAAGGACAAGCUCGGCAACGACAUCCUCGUCGAGGACUGGCUCAAGACGCACGGCCCCAACGACCGCACGCUCGCCCAGGGGCUCAAGGGUGAUCCUACCUACCUUGUGGUUGAGUCCGACAAGACCCUCGCCACCUACGGGAUCAACGCCGUGUGCACGCAUCUUGGAUGCGUCGUGCCGUGGAACGCCGCCGAGAACAAGUUCCUCUGCCCCUGCCAUGGAUCCCAGUACAACAACCAGGGCAAGGUCGUCCGUGGGCCUGCACCUCUGUCGCUGGCCCUGGUUCACGCGGACGUUGACGACGGCAAGGUCGUCUUCGUGCCGUGGGUGGAGACCGACUUCAGGACCGGCGACAACCCGUGGUGGAAAUAA